GUCGCUGUUAUGGCGGAGCGCAUUCUCUCAUACUGCCUGGAGCUCCAACAGACGUGUGCGCAGCGCACUGACCACGUGAACGGCAUGCCACUGUACAGACCUCGACUUACUGCAUUCCGUAAUGUUAUUAUAGAUGGGAACGUUGCCUGUCUUUAAAUGUGACGAAAAACUGUCAAAAUGUGUUCCAAGGGACGCUAAAAAAAAAUAGCGUAGACGUCGUAACAACGGAGGACGGACGGAGGUCGUAUUCAGCAAUGUCCAGAGCAAGCCUUAACGUGCCCCCCCAUAUUUCUUUAUAACUCCAGAGAGUACUGGCUGUGUGAUAUAUUUUCGGCCCCUACCGACAGACUGUGACGCCACAAAGAUUCGUGUAUGUUCUGCGGUCGGACGUCUCCUAGACCGUCACCGUGGCGUGUUUGUGAGGAAAUGAAAGUGAAAGUGGGAGUUAGCGCUCACUCCGCGCCAUGCCUUCCCAACUGGCUUGUAGCGAGUCUAAGGUGCACAAGGAGAUUCUACAGCUGUUAUCUCAACACCCUUCUGGACUGAAGGUAUCUGACUUCACUGCAGCCUAUCGGAAAAAGUACUGUAAAGAUCUAGUCCUCUCCAGACAUGGAUUCAAUAAGCUGACAGGUCUUUUCAACGCCAUGAAGGAUUUUGUGGAUAUUCUGGAGUUAAAUGGAGAUCAAUUUGUCAAGAUUAAGUCGAAGCACAUUCACGAAGACCAGGCCUCAGGAUCCUGUCACUAUGAGGGCCCACGGCAUUCACGAGAAGACUCCCCGGUUACCGCUCUGUCUUGCCAGCACAGCUCACUCUUGUCUAAGGUGCACGAGGAGAUUCUACAGCUGUUGUCUCAACAUCCUUCUGGACUGAAGGAUUUUGUGGAUAUUCUGGAGUUAAAUGGAGAUCAAUUUGUCAAGAUUAAGUCGAAGCACAUUCACGAAGACCAGGCCUCAGGAUCCUGUUACUAUGAGGGCCCACGGCAUUCACGAGAAGACUCCCCGGUUACCGCUCUGUCUUGCCAGCACAGCUCACUCUUGUCUAAGGUGCACGAGGAGAUUCUACAGCUGUUGUCUCAACAUCCUUCUGGACUGAAGGAUUUUGUGGAUAUUCUGGAGUUAAAUGGAGAUCAAUUUGUCAAGAUUAAGUCGAAGCACAUUCUCCAAGACCAGGUCUCAGCAUCCUGUCACUAUGAGGACCCACGGCAUUCACGAGAAGACUCCCCGGUUACCGCUCUGUCUUGCCAGCACAGCUCACUCUUGUCUAAGGUGCACGAGGAGAUUCUACAGCUGUUGUCUCAACAUCCUUCUGGACUGAAGGUAUCUGACUUCACUGCAGCCUAUCGGAGAAAGUACUGUGAAGAUCUAGUCCUCUCCAGACAUGGAUUCAAUAAGCUGACAGGUCUUUUCAAAGCCAUGGAGGAUUAUGUGGAUAUUCUGGAGUUAAAUGGAGAUCAAUUUGUCAAGAUUAAGUCGAAGCACAUUCUCCAAGACCAGGUCUCAGCAUCCUGUCACUAUGAGGACCCACGGCAUUCACGAGAAGACUCCCCGGUUACCGCUCUGUCUUGCCAGCACAGCUCACUCUUGUCUAAGGUGCACGAGGAGAUUCUACAGCUGUUGUCUCAACAUCCUUCUGGACUGAAGGUAUCUGACUUCACUGCAGCCUAUCGGAGAAAGUACUGUGAAGAUCUAGUCCUCUCCAGACAUGGAUUCAAUAAGCUGACAGGUCUUUUCAAAGCCAUGGAGGAUUAUGUGGAUAUUCUGGAGUUAAAUGGAGAUCAAUUUGUCAAGAUUAAGUCGAAGCACAUUCUCCUCCAAGACCAGGUCUCAGUAUCCUGUCACUAUGAGGGCCCACGGCAUUCACGAGAAGACUCCCCAGUCACCCCUCUGUCUUGCCAGCACGGCACACUCUUGAUGUCAGAGGAAAACCACAAUAGUGCCACCAGAAAGUCCUUCAGGCAUGAUCAAGAUCAAAGUCAGCAACGAUCAGGAAGUCCAGUGCCUGUACAGACAGACCCUAUGAAAGAGCUGAAGGCUUCCCUUCAGGCGCUCAUGAAAAAACAUCCGCAAGGUGUACCACUGACAGCUGUUCGAAGAUCCUGCCCCACCCUUUAUCACCCUGCACUACUGAAUAAUUAUGCAUCUGUGAAGCAUCUCCUGGCCUCUCUUACUGAUGUGGUACAACUGCAGGGUAUUGGUGUUCAGACCCUUGUUCAUCCAGCAGCUGUUAGGACAAAAUCACAUUGA